CGCACCAGCCGAGGUGCCCACACAUUGCGGUCCCCCAGGUGGUCACUUCCGGGUGGCGGCGGUGGCGCUGCUGUCGCUGUCGCCUGUCGCGACAGGGAGGUGGCCCGGCCGUGUCUGGGGUCGCCGGUCGCUGUCGCGAUGAGGGUGGGGUUGGUGCUGCGGCUCUGCGCGCGCCCGGAGCUCCGGUACCAGCAGGGGCAGAGGCCGGGGCCUGGAAUCCGCGAGUAUUUUUAUUACGUAGAUCACCAUGGCCAGCUUUUCCUGGACGACACCAAAGUCAAGAAUUUCGUCACCUGCUUCAAAGACGUCGCGUUCCUUUCCUUCUUCUUCCGGCACCUGGAGCGGAACCGCGGCGGGCGCUACCGGCAGCGCUUCCCCUUCGUGUCGCGCUGCGGCCGCGAGCGGAAUUUCCUCCGCUGCUCCGACCUGGCCGUGGUUUUCACCCAAAUCCUGCCCGGCUCCCGCGGCCGCGCCCUCCUGUCCUACUGCGGCGGCGGCGCCGAGCUGACGGUGCCGUUCCGGCCGGAGGCGUUGGCCGUGCUCCCGGAGAACGGGCGCCUCUAUCACCCGGCGCCGGAAAACGCCGGCGGCGUCGGCUUGGUGCGUUCGGCGUUGGCCGAAGAGUUGAGCUCGGCGUUUCGCUUCGAGGACGGGCCCGAGAAGCCACCGACGCAUUUUUGGUGGGAAGGGAAGGAGUAUCGGCUCUCCGGGGAAAUUUUGGGCGUUCUGCGGGCGGAGAAAUCGGCGUUGGAGGAGGAAGCUUCGGUUUCCGCUUCCUAAAUCGGUAAAAACGCCCAGAAAAUCCCGAUCGGCUCGUUGCCUCGUUCAUUAAAUCGUUAAUUAAUUAA